UUGUCUUGCCGGGAGAAUUGUUUGGUGUCGGCGUUUGGUGUCUGCGUUCUCGUUGCUGUCCCUCCGAAGUCAUCUGCUGUACCAUUGGUGUCGUUUCAGUCAACGCGUCUUUGUGCAAUCCUGGCUGGACAGAAUCCUUUUUGUGGACAUCGGCAGAUGUCCGUCAACAACAAAAAAUCAUCUGCUGAAGAAAUGAACCUGGAACCUGAGCCGGAAACAUUGCAGACUCGCAGACCAUGGGACUCAGAUUGGACAGGACACAAGGACAGGACAGGACACUGCACAGGAAAUGCAACCUUGUACAUUACCUUCUGACCCAUGCAUGGACCAAGAGAUAUCCAUGCAGGAAGUUCACCCUGCUAAAGGACCGUCAUGCUCUCUAUCUGUGCUUGGGACUCAAUGCACAAGCAGCCCUCUACUUGAGCAACCAAGCGCUGAGUUGGUGGAUGAUGACCUCACCCCCUUGCCCUGCGCACAACCAUUGAGCACUGGUGGAGUAGGACAUCCUCCAAGCUCUCCUGACACACCAUGCAGUAGACGGAGCACCCCCCACCCCUCCCCAGUCCCCAGUUCUGUGUGGCCAUCUGCACUCGGUCCCGCGCUGGCUGGAGAGAAUUCUUCAGAUAUAGAACACAAUGAGGGGACUGAAAGAAAAAGAAAGAGAGAAGAUGAUGGAGAUGAUGAAGAGAGAAGAACAAACCCAAAAGAGAGAAGCCCACUGUGCCAAAAACAAAAGCCCUAGCACCAGCCAGAGCCAGUGGCUAGAAAGAUCACAGACUAAACAAAUAUCCUAAUAAUUGGACAUGACAUUACUAAAGUAAUAAUGACAAGACAAACACUAAAAGGAGACAAAGCAGCAGUCUCUUAGGAUGUGGGAACAGCCGAUGAGUACAGUAUAGCCAGCAUAUAGGCCAAUGAAUGGCAUGCGUAAAUGUACAUUACCGUGCCCAGCAUUGGACUGGCAUUACACCCCUGUGCUGUACAAAAUGAACUGACCUGAUCACACUUAAACCUUAUUAGCUUAUUACAACAGAGAUGUACAGUACAUGGAACCUAUAGGCUCAAUACUGUUCCAUAGUAUUACUGUUACUAAAUGGUAUUAAUUUGAUUCUCAUGCACUACUGUACUCUCUUUGUUUGGAGGUCCCAUCCUGGCUGAUGAGGAAUCUCCUGCACAGGAAAUGCAACCUCCAAUCCUGGCUGAUGAGGAAUCUCCUGCACAGGAAAUGGCUGAUGAGGAAUCUCCUGCACAGGAAAUGCAACCUCCAAUCCUGGCUGAUGAGGAAUCUCCUGCACAGGAAAUGCAACCUCCCAUCCUGGCUGAUGAGGAAUCUCCUGCACAGGAAAUGCAACCUCCAAUCCUGGCUGAUGAGGAAUCUCCUGCACAGGAAAUGCAACCUCCAAUCCUGGCUGAUGAGGAAUCUCCUGCACAGGAAAUGCAACCUUGUACUUUACCUUCUGACCCAUGCCACAGCUAUCAUGACAACUGUAACAAAGAGAUGUCCAUGCAGGAAGUUCAUCCCACUCACGGACAAUCAUGCUCUCUGUGUGAUGUGCCUGGGACUCGACCACGCACAAGUAGCCCUCUGCUUGAGCAACCAAGCACACCCCCCUUGACCCACACACAACCACUGAGCACUGGUGGAGUAGGACAUCCUCCAAGCUCUCCUGACACACCAUGCAGCAGACGGAGCACCCCCCACCCCUCCCCAGUCCCCAGUUUCAUGUGGCUCAUCUUCAACCUCGCUGGAGAUCAUCUUGGAUUUACACUGCCAGACGAAUGUAGAAACUUCUAUCGGAGUAAAAAUAAAUAUUGCUAUUUAGAUUUUUCUAAAAAGGCAGAUUGUAUUAAGAGGUAUAGACAUCUCCAAUAUACUAAACAUGUUACACAUUUUCAUGGUAAUCUACAAAACAUGUUUGUAAAACUGCAAACGGAAAUUGCAAAUCUCUUUAAGGAUAUCAUAAUGAAUAAUAAAGGGAAAAAACAGUAUGCAUGGGCAGUUCUCGUAAUAGAUGAUGGUUCAUUUCAUUUCUUUAAACCUGAAUAUCCACAGAAGAAAAGUGAACCUCUGAACAAAUAUGAUUCAGCAAGAACAAAGCACAGCGAAGAUAUUCUUAUUGAUCACAUUAAAGAAGAAAUUAAAAACUCCAAAAAGGUGUAUACAGAGUUAUACAUUUACUCUGUAAACAGUCCGUGUAUAGGUAGAAAAGAUCACGACCCUUGUAUAAUUAAUUUAACUGAGCUGAGCAAUCAUUUAGGUGAAGAGUAUAGUAUUAAGACAUAUAUUGGUUUUAGUCAAUUCUAUGGAUCUGGGAAUCUCUACAAAUACCUCCCAUACCUAUUCUUCUGCAAUUACAAAAUACCUAGUGAUAUAGAAAAACUUGUAAAUGAAGUACAGAAAAAGAAAAAAUAUUAUCGUCAGCGUAAUGGCAAGUUCAAGGAAGUUUGUAAUGAGUUGAAUGAUUUAUUACUUAAAUACUUGGAAGAGGUUGUUACCACAAAAUUCAGUUUUAAGCCAAACACCAGUAUAUUACUAAGCUCAUUGCAAAAUACGCUCACAAAUGAGCAGGAAAACACCAAACAAUACAUAGGUAGGGAAAUAACAGCAAAAAUUGGUAAGAUCUGCUCAGUGACAGCAACACUCUCUGAACUAAAAGAAAUGGUAGAGGAAAAGUAUAAUGAGUUGUUUGGUGAUAACAUUGAUCCCUGUGUGUCCCAACACCUUAAAUAUACAUUUUUUAAGUGUUGGGGUGAUGAUGUUAAUAAGUUAAUUAAUGAUUCAAUAGGUGGGCACAUUAAUGAACAAUUAGUACAUGUUUGGAUUGAAAUUAUUAAGUGUAUUCCAUACCAUCCCACUAUAGUACAUGUUGGUUUUUUGUAAUAAAUCAUUCAGUUCAUCAUUACCUUGAUGAUGCUAUUUUAUAUUAUUUGACUUUAUUUCAUGUUUCAUUUCUUAGAAGCUUUGUAGGGAGGCUGGGUGCCAUUUUGUUUGAACCUUAUAAUUUUAUCCUGUUUUUGAUUCAUUAGGGCAGUGUUUUUCAACCUUUUUUGUGCCAUGGCACACUUUUGACACUUAAAAUGUCCCACGGCACACUAACAUCCUGUGUGAAGAAAAAAUAAACAUACCA